UGUGUCGCUUUCCCCUCAGAAAACAAAGCAGUGACUUAUUGUGCUCAAUGGAUUGCGGAUUGCGAUGAUUGUGUCCAACUUGAGUGUGCUCAGUUGCAGGAGGAACAGCGCGCUGUGUCUCGGUGCAGUGGAGGGACAUUUGGAGGCGUCCUCCUCCUAUCGCACCCUCAGUCCGACUGGACACAUCCUCGUGGCGGUGAGCUUGGGAUUCAUCGGGACUUUCGGAUUCCUCAACAACCUCCUGGUCCUCGUGCUCUUCGGCCGAUACAAGGUGCUGCGCUCCCCCAUCAACUUUCUGCUGGUGAACAUCUGCUUGAGCGAUCUCCUGGUUUGCGUUCUGGGGACGCCGUUCAGCUUCGCGGCGAGCACGCAGGGGCGAUGGCUCAUCGGGGACACUGGAUGCGUGUGGUACGGCUUUGCCAACUCGCUGUUAGGCAUUGUAUCGCUCAUCUCUCUGGCUGUGCUGUCAUACGAACGCUACUGUACAAUGAUGGGCUCCACAGAGGCUGAUGCGACCAACUACAAGAAGGUGAUCGGUGGGGUGCUGAUGUCCUGGAUCUACUCUUUAAUUUGGACCCUGCCUCCUCUGUUUGGGUGGAGCCGCUAUGGCCCCGAAGGCCCCGGGACAACCUGCUCUGUAGACUGGACGACCAAGACCGCCAAUAACAUCUCCUACAUCAUUUGCCUCUUUAUUUUUUGCCUGAUCGUCCCCUUCCUGGUCAUCAUAUUCUGCUAUGGGAAGCUGCUGCAUGCCAUUAAACAGGUGAGUGACAUUAUUUACUCUGUCAGCCUGCGCCCGCUCCUCUGCGACAGGUUUGGUGCUCCAGGAACGGUCAUGAGUCCUGUCUACAGAUUUUUCUACAGGUGUUUCAGAGCUCUUCUCAACUGCGACAAACCACAACGAGGUUCUAGUCUGAAAAGCUCUUCAAAGACCAAACCUUUUCGUCCCGGACGCCGCACGGACAACUUCACUUUUAUGGUUGCUUCAGUGGGACCCAAUCAGACAAACCCAGUGGAGGACGGCCCACCAUCAGCAGAUAACACCAAACCUGCAGUGCUCUCCCUCGUGGCCCAUUAUAACGGAUGAGAGUCAUUCUCCAUCAGAAAUGACAACACUUGAAGAACUUUUCACACUAAAUGAGGGAAAUGCAGUGUGAGAUUUGGAUUUGUUUACAGGCGAGUGGCA